CGACGGACCUGACGACCUCAGUCCGAUCAUGGUGUCCCACCCGCAACUCCCCGCCGUCUUUGACGCUGGGAUUCAGCUGGGGCGGGUCCCGUGCCCGCUCUGGGCGGCCCGUCUCUGAUGAACAAGAAGACGACGAGCAAGGACGAGCUUUUGGAGCAUCGCACCGCAUCACGUCUCUCCCGCCGACUCCACACCUCAGCGCCCUGCUUUUGCUCGAUGCAUCGUGCCUCGUCGCACCACGCCGACCGGCUCUGCGGCCUAUCAGCGCCAAGAGGCAACAGCCGGCCCUUUUGGCGAAUCACGCCUCGAACCAAGCCAGCCCGCCCCAAGCCACCACAUGCAGGAACGCGCCCAAGGUUGCCGCCGCCGAAACCUUUUACAUAUCGCGAGCCCCCCUUCCAUAGCGCCUGUCGACAGGGCAAGGGGCCCCCGACAGCCAGAAAGCAACUGCGAGGCUCUCAUCAGCUAUACCAGAGGUACUGUACAGAAUGAUACAGUGCAUUAGUUACGCAGGCCAGACCCAUGGCCGCUGAGCGAGCCGCCCAGCGAUCCGAGCCCCGUGCCCACACAUCCACACAUCCACAUAUCCAUGGCCCGGUCCUGGCAAUCUGUAGGCGUGGCAGCCAACAAUGCCCCUUCUCCAUGCCCGGCUGUGGGUGGACGUCUCGAGACUCCACGCCGGGCAGGUUGCAGGGGGAUGCGUCAACGACAGCGCGCAACCCCCCUGGCCGUUGGCCUGUCCAAUGAGGCAAACUGCCGUUCCAUUGCCCGGCCUCGUCGCUCCGAGAGUGACAUGCCCCACCACUCCGGAUGCUGCUCUGAUAUACGGAGCCCAACAGCAUCUCUCAAUCCAACGCGUCUCUCCUCACCUCCUUCACUUCAUUCUUCAAAUCGGCUUCGGUCCGUCUUCUCGUGUUCUUGACCUUCACCCUCCUUUAAGAAGGUGCUGGACACGUCCUUGUCUUCUCCUCACCCAGACGGCACAGUUCUGUUUGUUUCGGUCCUUACCUUGCCAACGCCGAGGCCCGGUCCUCCGCUUUCGUCUGCACAAGCAUUCAUUCCCUUUCCUUCUUUUGGCUCAUCACCAAGCGUUCCGGUGUCAGUGUUCUCUGUGCUUGAGCUAGUGCUCACAGCCAAUCUGGCUCGAAAACCCGGCCGCCCAUCGCCACCCACAUCCGCAACCAUUGCUUCCCACACGAGCUGCCACAGUUUCGCCGAGUACACGCAUUUCUCUCUUGGGCGCUCCUUAUCCUUCGCUUGAAACUUAUCUCACUGGGUGAGAUUAUUACAAACCCGACGCCAUGAAGUUCACCGCCGCAACGUCUCUUGCGGCCCUCGCUGGCUUUGCUGCCGCGGCUAAGGACGGACGCACCUUUGCCGUCCUUCACUUCAACGACAAGCAGCUCACCAUCGGUCGCGCGGACCCCAUUGUGAACCCGGGCGUGUCGUCGCCUCACCUGCACCACAUCCUGGGCGGCAGCGCCUUCGGCCUCAAUUCCACUGGCAAGGACUUGCAAAAGUCCAAGUGCACCUCGGCUCAGGUCACAGGCGACAACAGCAACUACUGGUUCCCCUCGCUCUACUUCAGGGACCCCAAGACGGCCAAGUAUGAGCCUGUGGAAUUGUUUUACGCCCAAGUAUACUACUUCUUCGAGGCCACCAACGAUGACAUCAAGGCGUUCCCCCUGGGUCUUCAAAUGGUCAUUGGCGAUGUGAACACACGCUCUCCUCCCGCUGGCGGGGCCAGUGGCAACACAGACCCGUCCAAAGGCCCCCUUAACCCCAUCAAGUGGACAUGCCCUCGCAAAAGUUACAACCCGCCAUCUUGGGCGGAGGACUCUGAUGGCACCAAGAACGGCAUGCCUGAUAAGAACAACAAGGGUGAAGGCGUCGGAUUCCCGGACGCCGACUGUGACGGAUAUGCCUCUCCCCUGCGCGCCGACCUCCACUUCCCCUCGUGCUACAACCCCAAGGCGGGCUUGACCGACUAUAAAAACAACAUGGCCUACCCUACCGAGGCCGGGAACGGCAAGAGGGACUGCCCCAAGGGCUGGAUUCACGUUCCGCAUAUCUUCUUCGAGGUUUACUGGAACACGCCCAAGUUUCAGGACCGCUGGGUGCCGUUCAAGGGCAAGCAGCCCUUCGUCCUCUCCAACGGCGACGCCACCGGCUACAGUCUGCACGCUGACUUCAUGGCUGGUUGGGACGAGAAGCUGCUUCAGCACAUCAUCGAUACGUGCAACACGGGCACCAGCGGCAUGGAGAAUUGCCCUGGUCUGUUCUACGGAAAGAACAAGGAGAAGUGCGAAAUCGACAACCCCUCCCCGGAAAACAUCAGCGGCGUGCUGGAUGCCCUUCCUGGCGACUGUCCCAUUUCAGGCUGGUCCUACGGCCCCAAGCCCGAUUCCCCACCCAGCUCGUCCAAGGAGGCCGCCAAGCCUGAAGCUACUACCAGCGAGCCAUCCGUUCAGCAGACAGAUUCGCCAACCCCCGCGCCUUCCCCUACGACCUCGUCCGCCAGGCCCGCAGUUGGCUCGUCUUUGCCAUCGAAGGGUGCCCAGGAUGCCCAAUGCACACCCAAAACCGUUACUGUUUGGGAGACGGUCACGGUCACAGCCGCAGUUCCCGCCGCCGAGACCGCCUCGACCAACAACCGGCGGCACGUCUAUGAACACGUCAGACGCCAGCGCAAGCAACAGUAAGCGACUGCUUCGGACGUACUGCAUGCACCUGUGGAUGGCGUAGACGAAGCUCUGCAAGUGCUCGUUUCUCGGGCUCGGCGAGUGUGAAAUGGGGAAUGGCCACGGCGUCUCUUGCAUAUGUGGACACGUUAUGGAUUGAAUCCUGGCUAUUCUGUACGCAGGGGGCCAUUGAUGAAGAAGACAUGCAACAGAAAUUGCCACUCAUCGCAGGGGCUGCCCCAACAUUUCUUUCUCUACGUACAUUUUAGGGUCUCUCACACGGGAUCUGGUAUUCUAGGUAUUGACUACUACAUCACGAGGUAGAAUAUGCCGGUGCCAACCAUCUACCCAGCCGCCUUCUAGCCUUUUCUCUAUAUCCAUGUACAUAGCGCUUCAAUGUAUUUGCUAGGUUGUUUACUCAAGACCUCGUGCAUCGUCAAGUGAGACUUGACAAUUGACCCGUG